CAAAUAAUCUUGGUACAACCACAACACAUCUUUCUCACACUUCAUUAACCAACCUGAAGCAGUUCUUCCCAUAAUUGUCACACUACACUACCAGCCACCAUGGUAUCCAAAAAUCAUUUGUAUCAUAUUUCAUUGGCCAUGCUUUUGUGCAUGACAUUCUGGGCUCUUCAAGUCUCAUCUCGCUCUCUCCAAGAUGCCUCCAUGUAUGAGAGACAUGAGCAAUGGAUGCUUCGUUAUGACAAAGUGUAUAAGGACCCUCAGGAAAGGGAAAAGCGUUUCAAGAUAUUCCAGGACAAUGUGAAUUACAUUGAAGCCUUCAACAAUGCUAACAAUAAACCUUACAAGCUAGGUAUUAAUCAGUUUUCAGACCUCACCAAUGAGGAGUUCAUAGCACCAAGAAAUAAAUUCAAGGGCCACAUGUGUUCCUCAAUCACAAGGACUACAACUUUUAAGUAUGAAAAUGUGACUGCAGUACCAUCCUCUAUAGAUUGGAGACAAAAAGGAGCAGUGACACCCAUCAAGGACCAAGGCCAAUGUGGAUGUUGCUGGGCAUUUUCUGCUGUUGCAGCAACGGAAGGAAUUCAUAAACUGAGUACUGGAAAAUUGUGUCUCUUAGACCAACCGAAAUCAUUCACAUCCUAA